CGCCAAAAACCCUAAAUCUAAACAUUUCCCCAUUCUUGGCGCUCAAAUGUUCCCGACCACCACUCUCUUCAUCCACUCGUCUCUUCUGUCCAAAACUGUUGAUUUGCCGAUCAAUUGGAAUGGGGAGUGGAAGAAAACGGCGGAGAGCAGCGGAGACGACGCAAAUCUACGACACAGGGGAAAAUACCGCCGGCGAGGAUGAAAAGGAACGAGAAGAGAAAUAUGCGGAAUCGAAGAAACCCAACGACACAGGGAGGACUAAAGUGAAAGAAGAAGUGGAAGAAGACUGCGUUUCUGGGAGUCCAAAGGCCUGGAAGAAAACCCCGGCCUCCAACAGCCAUGGACAGGAUGAUGGUGGGCUUGAUAAGCACGAAGAAGGUGCAUCGAAGAAGAGCAAGGAAAGAGGAAGGCCAAGUAAUGCUAAUGUUUGUGAAACAGGUGACAAAAAGGGAUAUUCCUUGAAGAAGGAAGGCGAGGAAGAGGAUGGAGGCCACAAGAAAUUGGAGAGCGAUGCCAAAGAAGUCGAUGAGAACGGAGAGAAGGCCGCUUCAGCUUGUAAAGCAGCCCAAAUGCAUAGAAAGAUUAGCGCGCAUAAUCCACAAGUUACUCAUUCUUCCCCUUUCUUGUGUAAAUGAUUAACUUCCUUAAGUGAUUGUAGAUGCAACUUUGUGAAUCUAGUGGAUUGCGGAGGGGUCUGUUAUGUGCCAUCAAUGCCAGAGGAAUGAUAAAGGCCGAGUUGUGCGAUGCCAAAAGUGCAGAAGAAAGAGAUAUUGCAUCCCUUGCUUAAGAACUUGGUAUG